CCUGGCGCUCAGGCACUGCUCCGGCCACCUCUGCGCGGGUCCUCGGGGCGGCGCCGCGCCUGCGCCCGCCUCGGGAAAGAUGGCGGCGCCCUGGUGGCGAGCCGCGCUGCGCGCAGGUCGGAGGUGGCCGAGCUUUAGCACCUCGGCCGCCCUGAACCGCCGGGCCGCGCCCCUGGGGCCCAUGCCCAACGCCGACAUCGACGUGAGCAACCUGGAGCGGCUGGAGAAGUACCGGAGCUUCGGCCGCUACCGGCGCCGGGCGGAGGAGGAGGCGCAGGCCCCGCACUGGUGGCGGACUUACCGGGAGCACUUCGCCGAGAAGUCAGAUCCUAAAGACAAGAUUGACAUUGGGCUGCCCCCUCCCAAGUUCAGCCGGACCGAGCAGCUCCUGGAGCGGAAGCAAUUCCUGCGAGAGCUGCGGGCCAGUGUGGAGGCAGAGCGUGCUGCCCGCCUGGGAACAGCGAGCAUCCCGCUGGAGGAGGUGCGGGCCGAGUGGGAGCGGACCUGCGGCCCGUACCACAAGCAGCGGCUGGCCGAGUACUAUGGCCUCUACCGGGACCUGUUCCACAGCGCCACCUUUGUUCCUUACGUUCCCCUGCACGUGGCCUACGCUGUUGGAGAGGAUCAUCUGAUGCCUGUGUACCAUGGCAACGAGGUCACACCCACCGAGGCUGCGCAGGCCCCGGAGGUGACCUACGAGGCUGACAAGGGCUCCCUGUGGACGCUGCUGCUGACCAGCCCGGAUGGACACUUGCUGGAGCCGGAGGCCGAGUACCUGCACUGGCUGGUCACCAACAUCCCGGACUCCAGGGUGACCGAAGGCCAGGAGACGUGUCCCUACCUGCCCCCCUUCCCUGCCCGCGGCACCGGCUUCCACCGUUUCGUCUUCUUGCUCUUCAAGCAGGACAAGCCCAUUGAUUUCUCGGGGGACACCCGGCCCGCACCCUGCUACCAGCUUGCCCAGCGGACCUUCCACACGUUUCAAUUCUACAAGAAGCACCAGGAGGCCCUGACCCCGGCCGGCCUGGCCUUCUUCCAGUGCCGCUGGGAUGAGUCGGUCACCCACAUUUUCCAUCAGCUUCUGGACAUGCGGGAGCCCGUGUUUGAAUUCGUCCGGCCGCCCCCGUACCACCCCAAGCAGAAGCGUUUCCCCCACCGGCAGCCGCUGCGCUACCUGGACCGGUACCGGGACAGUCAUGAGCCCACCUACGGCAUUUACUGAGCGGGGCCGUGGGCCGAGGGCCACGCGGGGACCAGCACCUGCCACCUUGGACAGUGGGGGCGUGCGUGGCCGGCAGCGGCGAGAUGGGAAUA